AUGGCUGCCGCAACGGACGGCAGCGAGUACUUCGUGAUCGAGGUGGAGGAAGCGGGGGAGCACUUCGCGCGAGCUUCGAAUGCGGACGCGUUGGCGGAGGACGAGUCAGAGCUGCUGUGGGCGGCGAUCGAGAGGCUGCCGUCCUUCAAGCGCCGCAACUUCGCCAUUCUCCCGCGACGCAGCGGUAGCUCCGCCUCCGCCUCCGCCUCUCUCGGCCGCAGCAGCAGCAGAGCGAGGGCUGUUCCGCCCCUCGAGGUCGUCGACGUCCGGAAGCUCGACCGCCGCGCCCGAGAGCUCGUCCUCAACGACGCCCUCGCCACCAACGAGCAGGACAACUACAAUCUCUUGGCCGCCAUCAAAGGCCGUUUCGAUGCGGUUGGUUUGGAGGUUCCAAAGGUACAAGUACAAUUUCAGAACCUGAACGUGGCUACGAAUGUUCAUGUCGGCGGAAGGGCGUUGCCUACUCUGUCCAACUACAUCUACGACAUUGUGGAGCAACUUCUUGCGUCCUUGCAUAUAUUGCGUUCAAAUAAGCACACCCUCACGAUUUUGGAUAGUGUUAGUGGUGUUGUACGACCAGGAAGAAUGACUUUGCUGUUAGGGCCUCCUGCAUCUGGGAAGUCCACAUUAUUGUUGGCUCUUGCUGGUAAACUUGAUCCUAAGCUGAAGCAAAGUGGUCAAGUGACAUAUAAUGGCCGUGCUCUCGAUGAGUUUUUUGUACAACGAACAUCAGCUUAUGUUAGCCAGACCGAUAAUCAUCUUGGAGAGUUGACUGUCCGAGAAACGUUUGAUUUUGCCGCAAGAUGCCAAGGUGCAAGUGAAAGUUGGCAAGAUUAUUUGAAAGAUUUGUCUAGACUUGAGAAGGAGAAGAACAUUCGUCCCAGUCCAGAGAUUGAUGCUUUUAUGAAGGUUGCUUCUGUUGGUGGCAAAAGGCACAAUCUUGUAGCAGAUUAUAUCCUAAAGGUACUCGGUCUUGAUAUAUGUGCUGAUACCCAAGUUGGUAGUGAUAUGGUUAGGGGUGUAUCAGGUGGCCAGAAAAAGCGAGUGACAACAGGUGAAAUGAUAGUCGGCCCAAGAAAAACGCUUUUCAUGGAUGAAAUAUCUACAGGACUUGACAGCUCUACAACCUUCCAAAUUGUGAAGUGCAUGAGGAACUUUGUUCACCAGAUGGAGGCCACCGUGAUGAUGUCCCUUCUGCAGCCUGCACCUGAGACAUUUGAUCUUUUUGAUGACCUAAUACUAUUGUCAGAAGGACAUAUCAUUUAUCAAGGUCCCACAAAACAUGUGGUUGGAUUCUUUGAAUCAUUAGGCUUUUCAUUACCUCCUCGCAAGGGAGUGGCUGACUUUCUUCAAGAGGUUACCUCUAGAAAUGAUCAAGCUCAGUACUGGUCCAACUGUUCAAAACCAUACGAGUUUAUUUCUGUUUCAAAGAUAGCCCAAUGUUUCAAAGAAUCUACAUAUGGGAAAUCUAUGGAGUUCACCUUAUCUACUUCUAAUGAUGAUAGGAAAUUCCUCACAUCAGCCCUUGCCAGCACGAAGUUUGCUAUAUCUAAAUUGGACCUUCUAAAAGUGUGCUUCUCCCGUGAACUUCUUCUUAUAAGUCGACAUCGCUUCCUCUACAUUUUCAGAACAUGCCAAGUUGCUUCUGUUGGGUUUAUCACAUGCACGAUGUUUCUCCGUACAAGGAUACAUCCUGUUGAUGAGAUAAAUGGAAAUCUGUAUCUAUCUUGUUUAUUUUUUGGACUGGUGCAUAUGAUGUUCAAUGGAUUUUCUGAGCUACCGAUUACAAUAUCUCGACUUCCGGUGUUCUAUAAGCAGAGAGAUAAUUUCUUUCAUCCUGCUUGGGCCUUCUCAAUUCCUAGUUGGAUAUUACGUGUUCCUUAUUCCAUUGUUGAAGCCGUUGUUUGGUCUUGUGUUGUGUAUUAUACAGUAGGCUUUGCACCAAGCAUUGGCAGGUUCUUUCGUUUCAUGUUGUUACUCUUUUCUAUACACCAAAUGGCAUUGGGACUCUUCCGGAUGAUGGGAGCUAUUGCACGAGAUAUAAUUGUUGCCAACACAUUUGGAUCUGCGGCUUUGUUAGCUAUUUUUCUGUUGGGAGGAUUUAUAGUUCCCAAGGCUGAAAUCAAACCAUGGUGGAUUUGGGCUUUCUGGGUUUCACCAUUGACAUAUGGACAACGUGCAAUUUCGGUUAAUGAGUUCACUUCCUCUAGAUGGGCUGGGAGGUCUGCUUAUGGAAAUAGUACAGUUGGUGAAAAUGUACUACAUUUGCAUAGUCUUCCCACCCAGAAGUACUGGUAUUGGCUAGGCGUUGGUGUUUUAUUAGCUUAUUCUAUCCUUUUCAAUGUACUUUUUACUCUUGCAUUGGCAUAUCUUAAGCCACUAAGGAAAGCACAGGCAGUGAUCCUGUCUGAUUCUGCUGGAAAGACGGAUGAAGACACUCUUGGUGCUAACGUUGAAAGGAGAGCUGAAGUAAGAAAUAGCAUGCAAGGACACAAUGCUGAUACACAUAAAAGAGGAAUGAUUCUCCCAUUUCAGCCAUCAUCCAUGACAUUCCAUAACGUCAAUUACUUUGUUGAUGUGCCAAAGGAAAUGAGAACAAAAGGAGUGCCUGAAAAACGGUUACAACUACUGUCUAAUGUGAGUGGGGUGUUCAGGCCACAUGUCUUGACUGCACUGGUUGGCUCAAGCGGCGCUGGGAAGACCACACUUAUGGAUGUUCUUGCUGGUAGGAAAACUGGUGGAUGUAUAGAAGGUGAUAUAAGGAUAUCAGGACAUGCUAAAGAACAGAGAACAUUUGCUAGAAUAUCAGGAUAUGUUGAGCAAAAUGAUAUACAUUCGCCUCAAGUAACAGUUGAAGAGUCUCUCUGGUUCUCUUCAAGUCUUCGCCUUCCAAAAGACAUUAGCAAAGAAAAUAGACAAGCAUUUGUUGAGGAAGUAAUGGCACUUGUGGAGCUUGAUCAACUGCGUCACGCACUGGUAGGAAUGCCUGGGAGUAGUGGGCUAUCAACAGAACAGAGAAAGCGCCUUACUAUUGCAGUUGAACUGGUCGCUAAUCCUUCUAUUAUUUUUAUGGAUGAACCAACAUCUGGUUUAGAUGCACGAGCAGCUGCAAUUGUGAUGCGUACAGUACGUAACACUGUUGACACAGGAAGAACUGUCGUUUGCACCAUACACCAACCAAGUAUCGAUAUUUUUGAAGCAUUUGAUGAGCUUCUUCUUAUGAAGCGAGGUGGCCGUGUCAUAUAUGGAGGUUUGUUGGGUGUCAACUCACAGAAUUUGAUUGAUUACUUUCAGGCAAUCCCAGGAGUUCCUGCUAUACCAGACGGUUAUAAUCCAGCAACUUGGAUGCUUGAAGUCAGUACACAAGCAUGUGAAGAAAGGCUUGGUCUAGACUUUGCUACUGUAUAUAGAAACUCAGACCAGUUCAGGGAAGUUGAUGCUUUAAUUCAAGAAUUAAGUAUUCCUCCUACUGGCACAGAACCUUUGAAAUUCUCUUCAGAAUUUCCACAGGAUAGUUUAACUCAAUUCAAAGUCUGCUAUCAGAAACAAAAUCUUAUAUACUGGAGAAGUCCACAAUACAAUGUUGUGCGGUUAUUCUUCACAACAAUGGCUGCUUUGAUUUUUGGUUCAAUCUUUUGGAAUGUUGGUUCAAAAAGGGAAACAACACAGGACUUGUUUGUUGUUAUGGGGGCUCUUUAUGCUGCAUGCCUAUUUCUUGGAGUAAAUAAUUCUUCAUCUGUACAGCCUGUGGUAUCAGUUGAGAGGACAGUGUACUAUAGAGAAACAGCAGCUAGAAUGUAUUCUUCAUUUCCAUAUGCAGCAGCACAGGGGCUUGUGGAGAUCCCUUACAUUGUCGCACAAACAUUAAUAUUUGGUACCAUUACGUACUUCAUGGUCAAUUAUGAAAGGGCAAUAAGUAAAUUUCUGCUAUACCUUGUUUUCAUGUUCUUGACAUUUGCAUACUUUACAUUCUAUGGAAUGAUGGCUAUCGGCUUGACUCCAUCUCAGCAUCUAGCAGCUGUUGUCUCAUCAGCUUUCUAUUCCUUAUGGAACCUUUUAUCUGGUUUUCUGGUUCCUAAACCUAACAUCCCUGGUUGGUGGAUAUGGUUUUAUUAUGUGUGCCCAGUAGCGUGGACCCUACGAGGUAUUAUUACAUCGCAGUUAGGUGAUGUGGAGACCAGAUUACUUGGGCCUGGUUUUGAUGGCACAGUAAAGGAGUAUCUGCAGCACUACCUUGGCUUUGAAUCUGGAAUGACGGGCGUUACCAUAUUGGUCCUUGCAGGAUUCUCCCUGUUUUUCUUUAGUGUAUAUGCUGCUUCCAUCAAAUACAUCAACUAUCAGAAACGGUGACUCCCUGUCUUGGCCGACUGGCGAUAAACAUGUAAGCAGAUAUGAUCAGAUACUUGCGCAGUGACUUUACCGCCAGCUAUCAUCAACUGAUCAUGAAUUUGUGUAGAGAAAUGCUUAUCGUGAGAUUGCGGGUGAUUUUAUCUGACUAACAAGCAACCCUGCAACUGGCAAGUUAAAAGCAGUAGCGCGAACCUUUUUUUCCCCUUCAGUUUUAUAUUAAACAUAAUAUUUUUUAUAUCAAAAGCUUUCAUUCAUUUUUAUAGAUUUCUAUUAGAUUUAGAAUAAUGGCUUUUAGGAUAUAAGAUUGUCCUGCAUGUGCUUUUGACAUCGGUAUAGGGAAAAAAAUAUUGAAUUGAAUAUAUAUUAUGCUCAAGUGGUAUAUUCA